AAGAGGGAAGGUGAAGAAAAUCUCAAAGCAGGGGAUGUGCUUCAGAGGAGUGUGUCGUGAUGUGAAUGCGCAGAGCUCUAGAAGCAACAGUGAGCAGACAGCAGGAAAUCAGAUACGUGGAAACAUGUCUGGGAAACCAGUUCUGCACUAUGUCAGUGUACGAGGCCGAAUGGAACCAGUAAAGUGGCUACUAGCGGCUGCCGGAGUUGAGUUUGAAGAAAGAUUUCUGGAAACAAAGGAUGACCUCCAAAAGUUAAGGACGGGUGGAUCCCUGCUGUUCCAGCAAGUGCCCAUGGUGGAGAUCGAUGGGAUGAAGAUGGUGCAGACCAGAGCCAUCCUCAACUACAUAGCAGCAAAAUACAAUCUCUGUGGGAAAGACCUGAAGGAGAGAGCCCUAAUUGACAUGUAUGUGGAAGGAAUGGCAGAUCUGAAUGAGUUAAUCUUGCAUCAUGACUUCAAGCCAGCUGAUAAAAAGGAGGAAGAUCUUGCUAAUAUCUUGGACAAGGCCACAAACAGAUACUUCCCAGUCUUUGAGAAGGUUUUGAAAGACCACGGACAUGACUUUCUUGUUGGCAACAAGCUGAGCAGAGCAGAUGUGCAUUUACUGGAAACCAUUUUAAUGGUGGAAGAGUUCAAGCCUGAUGCACUUGCGAAAUUUCCCCUCUUGCAGAGUUUUAAAGCAAGAAUAAGCAAUAUCCCCAACAUCAAGAAAUUCCUACAGCCUGGCAGCCCGAGGAAACCACCUCUACAGGAAAAAGAAAUACCAAACCUGAUGGCAAUUUUCAGUUGAGCAGCAACCUAAUCCCACAGAAUCUCCAUUUCAUUGUCUCUUGUGUUUCCUGAGAAGCAAAGUGAAAUCAAUGAAGUUCGUCUAAUUUCACUAGUUUCAUUUGCACACUGGCAAAUGACAUUGUUAACUCAGUUGUCUCAAAUGAAACAAGUUGUCUUAGAGAGUUUACCAGUAAUAAAGUUGACAUUAAAAUGCA